AUGUGUGUCUUGCUCCUGUACCUGGCUCUGACCCUGACAGGGACAGGCGCUGUACUCCCUUAUCCUCCUGGUGUCCAGAUCCCCCGGGUCAUUGGAGGUUGGGAGUGUGAGAAACACUCCCAGCCCUGGAUGGCGGCUGUGUACUACUUCGAAAAAUUUAUGUGCGGGGGUGUUCUUGUGCACCCUCAGUGGGUACUCACAGCAGCUCACUGCUAUACCAGCAAUUAUCACGUCAAGCUGGGACUCCAGGACCAUAUUUCUCCUGAAAGCACAGUCCAGUCCUUCGAGGUCAAUGAAAGCAUCGUGCAUCCUCACUACAACAUGAGUAUCCUACCCAUCAUAUACAAAGAGAAUAAGACCUGGGAAGAGUUUUAUAAGAUAUUCACGGGAGUGGAUUUCAGCCAUGACCUCAUGCUGCUGCGCCUGGAGAGGCCUGCGAACCUCACGCCCGCAGUACAGGUCAUAGACCUGCCCACCCAGGAGCCCCAAGUAGGGAGCAUGUGCCAUGCCUCUGGCUGGGGCAGCAUCAAUCCUUAUAAGGGUAUGACCACAGUUAAUUUAUCAAGGAAGCUUCAGUGUGUGGAUCUCGACCUCCUGCCCAACGCCAACUGUGCCAUUGCCCAAAUUGCCAAGGUGACUGAGUUCAUGCUGUGUGCUGGAGUCAUGAAGGGAGGCAAGGACACCUGUGCGAGCGACUCGGGGGGCCCAUUCAUCUGUGAUGGAGUGCUUCAAGGAAUCACAUCCUGGGGCUAUCACAUAUGUGCAGCGCGCCGAAGACCUUCCCUCUAUGUCAAAAUAUUGUUAUAUGUGGACUGGAUCCGGGAGACCAUUGCGACUUACAGCUAA